AUGAAGUCAAACUGUCCUUUUGGACCUCUGCUGCAAAAUAGAACCAAGUCUGAAUCUUUGGCUCCCAGACAGCGGGCUGCUGGUGGCUGCGGGGCCAUUGGGCACACAGCUUUCCCUGAACAUGGUGACAUGAGAGGCCGCCAAAAAUCGGGCAGCUUUCCUGAGAGAAAGGCCGAGGUGGCAGCGUUGGUGGCAGCGGCAGCCGAAGGUGGCGCCAGUAAAGGCGCACACCGCUUCGGAGAUGCGGGGCACAACAGCGGGCUGAAAUCCAGAGUCCUUUUCAGAGUGACUCCGCACACCAUGGUGGUGAGCGGCCAAGGUUCAGCUCGGGUGGGGCAGAGAAGGACGAGGGCAAACGACCCCCCUAGGUGCACGGCAAAUACAGAGACUUUCUUCUGGAAUGAAUCAACAAGGGAAGCAAAUGACUCUGAGGUGAAAGAAUUUAUUUUUAUUGGACUCUCUGAUUCUCAGGAACUUCAGAUCUUUCUGUUUGCAUUCUUUCUCAUUUUCUAUGUAGGAAUUGUGUUUGGAAACCUUCUUAUUGUCAUGACUGUAACCUAUGACUCCCACCUCCACUCUCCUAUGUAUUUCCUGUUGGCCAACCUCUCAUUCAUUGAUCUUUGUCUGUCUUCUGUCACAGCUCCAAAGAUGAUUGCUGAUUUUUUCAGGAAACGCAAAGUCAUCUCUGUCCAUGGCUGUUUUGCCCAGAUAUUUCUCCUUCACUUCUUUGGGGGGAGUGAGCUGGUGACCCUCAUAGCCAUGGCCUUUGACAGAUAUGUAGCAAUUUGUAAGCCUCUACGCUACACUACAAUUAUGCGUGGCAAUGUAUGUGCUGGCAUUGUGGCUACUGCAUGGGCAACUGGCUUCCUACACUCAGUGAGCCAAUUGGCCUUUGCAGUGAACUUACCCUUUUGUGGUCCCAAUAAGGUUGACAGUUUUUAUUGUGACCUUCCUAGAGUAAUCAAACUUGCCUGUGCAGACACAAAUAGGUUAGACAUCAUGGUCAUUGCCAACAGUGGUGUGCUUACUGUGUGUUCUUUUGUUUUGUUAAUCAUCUCCUACACUAUCAUUCUAACAACCAUCCAGCGCCGCCCUUCUGAUAGGUCAUCUAAGGCUCUGUCUACACUGACUGCUCAUAUCACAGUAGUUCUUUUGUUUUUUGGACCUUGCAUCUUCAUUUAUGCCUGGCCCUUUCCCAUCAAGUCAUUAGAUAAAUUCCUUGCUGUGUUUUAUUCUGUGGUCACUCCUCUCUUGAACCCCAUUAUAUACACACUGAGGAACACAGAGAUGAAAAGUGCCAUGCGACGCCUGAGACAAUGGAAUUUAAGCUUUUGGGUGAAGUCUUAG